CAAUUUCAACAAGAGUCAGAAGAGCUAGAUAAUACAAAUUAUCAUUUGAUGGGUGCUUUAAUGGCCAGAUAUGAUAGCAGUGCCACAGAUGGUAGUGCACCCGAUUGUUGGUGUCUUUACUUGCGUGAUUAUGUGGACAGUGAUGGUUCUGCCUGGCGAAUUAUUUAUACAGACAACGAUCAUACGAUUACAUCAGAUCAAGCACUUUCGGAUAUUCGUGGUAUGCCUUAUGAAUCAACACAACCUUCUGAAUUCUCCAAGGAAUAUAGGCCCAUUUACUUGUUUUAUGUCAAUCAAGUUAUUAUGACAUCCUCCUCUUCACCAGAAAAAGAAGUUCAUAUUACACUGGACGAUUAUACGUUUGAUGAAGAAUACGAGUUUACAGAAGAGAAACCAGCCGAAGAAGAAGAAGACGAGGAUGAUGACGAGGAUGAAAUGUGUAUGCAUUGUGGGUUAGGAGACACAGAAGGUAACGACAUUUUCUUCUGUGAGAGUUGCAACAGAGGAGUACAUCAAUUAUGUGAAAUACCACCCAUUCAGCCUUUCGAGAAAAACGUGGAUCCUUGGUAUUGCAGAACUUGUUGUGCUAAAAUGAGUAUACCUUUACCUCAACCGCCUCCAUUAACUGCCGAAGCAUUAUUGUCUAUACUUCAGGCAUCAAUUCAGUCGGCAAGCAUACCUGUGAAAAGGAAAAGAGAAGACGAAGAUAAUAUCGAGGACAUGGAUAAAAUAAAAGAGUUAUAG